GGCUGAAGUGACACAACACAACAGCAAAGAAUUAUCAGCUGAUACCUCAAUGAUAUAUUUAAUAUGGCUGGCUUUCAAAAAAACGGGGAAAUAGCUAAAAAUGGGAAAUCGCGUGAAGCAAAUGGGUUAGAUAAUCACGAUGAUUUAGAGGAUGACGAAGACUAUGAAUCAAUAAACAAAGAGCUAGACAGUAUUAGUUCCUGUCUUGAUGCACUAGAAAACCAAAGCACAAAUUUACAUGAAAAAGUAAAAGAAUUUUUGGAAAGUGUCAAAGACAGAAGUGGUGCUGGAGAGGAAAACAAAGGUGGUCUUGAAUCAAAUAGUGGAAGCUAGAAGCAAUCAUGAUGGCUUGAAUAAUGGUAACAAAAAAAGGACUUGACAAAAAUUAUUGAAAUUUAUCUUUUUAUUCUCAUCAAAUUUUAUAUUUUGUUUUGUAUAUAAAUAUUAAUGAAAUGAAAAAUAUGCCUUAA